AUGAAAAGAUUCGGGCUGGGAGGAUGGCUCGGGGGCUCCGCGAGUAGCAUUGCCUCGAGCAAGUCGUUGACGGCCCUGGAUGAAUCGCAGGCUUUGGCAGAAGCGAUGGCUAGUGCUGUUCACAUUCUCAAUGAUGAUGUAGAGAGAGCCGAAGCAGAGCUUAGCAAAGGCACUUCGCCCUUUCAUAAGCUAGGCAGGGGUACUGCUCUUUUCCUCCGAGCCGCGUUGGGUUUCGAGAAAGAGGUUAUGAAAGAGGCAUCCGAGCGGCUGUUAGAAGCAGAAGAGUCUGCCACUGAAUACAGAAGAAAAGCAACCAGAAACCCAUCAACAGCACAUCAAUCGAAGAUCUACCCAGUAGGCUCAGAAUAUGCGCUCAUCUUUGCGGAGAGUCAAUUGAUGCUCGCCGUUAUUGGUGUGCUGAACGAAUCCCUUACUGAAUCGCUCAGAGGAUUCUACAGGCUCCGACAGGCUUUCAACACUCUCUAUGAGAUUGUGGAGGCCGAGAAGAAGUACAUGAAGAAGCAUUAUUCGGAGUCGCAGAUAUCACUCUCAACGAACCAGAGCUCCACGCUCAGUUCGGACUGCUCAACCCCUGCUAAUGGUUCAAAUGACCUCGACAAAGAAGUCAAUGAAGAUCUUGCCACGCAACUCGACCACAAACUCGACGUGAAUGGAGAUGGCGCGGGGCCGACAACAACCUCGGUCGGACGGAGCGGAACUCUUGAGGAUAACAUCGAUUUUCAAACAGUCACUACCGAUCCAAUUGACGUCUUCAUACAUUCCGGCACGAUGAUGUGCUAUGGACUGCUGCAACUCUUGCUGUCGAUGGUGCCUCCAGCCUUUUCCAAGCUUCUAUCAAUCUUUGCCUUUCGAGGUGACCGUGAGACAGGCCUGGCGUUGCUCUGGAAGGCAACAAAGUUCACGGACAACGUCAACGGUGGCAUGGCUGCACUCAUAACUUUGAUGUUCCACAAUGCGGCGGUGGCCGUUUGCGAUAUCCACACAAGAGAAGCUUAUCCCCGAGAAAAAUUGCAAUCUCUGUUGGUCCACAUGAGAACCCUGUACCCGCAGUCCGUCUUGUGGAUACUCGGAGAGGCCGGUAUGGCGAGCUCCGACCGCGAUCUGCCUCGCGCAGUUAGCAUACUCAAACCCGAUGCUGGAACAUCUCCCCUGAAACAAGUCGAAGCUCUUCGCGUCUUUGAGCGCAGUCUGGUAUACAUGUAUAUGCACGAGUAUCAGCUAUGCAGCGACUCGUUCCUCAAGUGCGUGGAACUCAACAACUGGUCGCAUGGACUGUACUAUUACAUCGCCGCGUGCUGUAACGUUGAGCUCUACCGCUUGAAGAGGGCGACAGAUCCCAUUGGAGCAGAUACGUACAAAGAAAGGACGAACGAGUUAUUGCAGCUCGUGACGGCCAACACAGGGAAAAAGAAAUUCAUGGCUCGACAGUUGCCACUUGAUAUCUGGAUCAACCGCAAGAUUACAAAAUGGGCCUCUCGAGCGAGAAAUCGCAAGUGCGACAUCGUCGACGCUAUUGGAGUGAGUCCCAUUGUGGAACUGACAUACUUCUGGGGAGGCUUUGGACGGAUGGGGCAGGAUCACAUCAGGACUGCAAUCGAGCGUCUGGCAUGGAGUGAGGACUCCACACGCGAUUCAAAGUGGGAACAAGAGCCUGCUGAUGAGCGCGCGAUACUUUACCUGCUAAAGGCAACGUGUCUGCGCAACCUCGGCGAGGUCAAACAGGCCGAUGCGAUGCUUUCGGAACACGUCUUCUGCUAUGAUAACCAACAGAUCAAAUCCUGCGAACAUGCAGACAACUGGCCUCUUCCAGUGGCACAUUACGAGAGAGCCGUGUGUAUAUGGCAGGACGCUGGUGGGCAAGAUGGUGGUGCGGAACAUCUACAGCUCUGCAGCGAUGAGUUGGCAAGAGUAGAGGGCUGGGAGACCUAUGAACUUGAGGCACGAGUGGGAAUGAAGGUCACCACUGCUCGUCAGACAUUGAGGCAGUGUGGAAUAGCUCAUCCUUGA